AACAACCCAUCGACAGCAAUAUAGGACAACGUUCCAUAGUCUCCCUCUUUUGCUGCUCUCAGGCAGAUUUCCAUUUAUUGUUAUAUACUCAAUAAGUUCCUCUACGGCAAACUUCACUCUAUACUACGAUUAUAAAUUAUUAAGCCCCUUUGCGAUGCGCAGGAGGGCUUAGGGUCCAUCGCCAUGUCUUCCCGACCGAUGCUCAAACUGACCUUCAGCAAAUCAAAGGUUGAUCAGGUUACCAAAUCCGCUUCUUCUCCUCCUCCUCCUUCUACUCCAACUACACCUGGAGGAUCCUCACUCCCCAAACUCAAAUUCAAAAUUGGUCCAAAACCAAGCGCUGAAUCCGGCCCCGCGGCCUCUGCUUCCAAAUCCUCCAAGAAACCCAAGGCCUCCCGCUCCAAGGCCUCUCAGGAUACUCCACGAACAAGUGCAUCGAAGAAACGAGCAAGGGAAACCUCUGGCCAUGAUGCGGGUAUUCGCACGGCAGCUAGAGGGUCGGGGACUAAGGCUUCCACUUCAUCUAAACCCCCAGCUGUAAAGCGCAUCAAACUCAGCACUAGACCACCGCCGUCCAUUCGUUUGAAAAGCAAGGGAGAACCGCUUUUCCGACCAAAGGGUGUGGGAUAUGACUCUGAGGCAUCGGACACAGAAAAGGACCCCGCGUUGGAAGAGCAGUUCAUCCUCCGCAUGCAGCCAGGUGAGGAUUGCGAUUACCUCCGCCAAGCCGUGACGGAGAAAAGGUUUGGACCUCGAAGCCAAGGUGGAGCCGAUAUUAGCUUCAAGUCGUUGACAAGGGAUGGAAGGCGCUCUGUUCUCACCAUUCGCGGACGCAUAUAUGCGGCAUCCCUCGUCGAUCUACCAUGUAUCAUUGAGGGCAUGAAGAGCUGGGACAGGCGGGGCUGGUAUAAAUCCGCAGACAUCUGCCAGAUGCUUCUUGUCCUUGGCCGCGUGAACUCAGAGGAAGAAGCACGUACCUAUCCACUACCCAAGGACGUCGACGAAUCCACCUUUCAAUACGCGCAUGGCAUCACCCCGCCGCUCCGUUGGGUGCGCAAGAGACGGUUCCGCAAACGGAUUAGCAAUAGAACCAUUGAGGCAGUCGAGCUGGAGGUUGCGCGCUUACUAAAGGAGGAUAAGGCAGCGGAGAGCCCGCCUGAGUUCGAGAUACUGGAUUACGCGCAGUAUAUGCGGGAAACUAGUGCCAUGAGCGAAGAUGGCGCGAGGUAUAACCUGGCAGGGCAGGAGUAUGAUGACGAACAGGAUGCUGAAGGGGAAGAGGACGAGUACGGCAUGGAUGGCUACCCCCCACCCUCAGCGCAGGAAGAAGGUGGCGAUGACUUCGAAGAUGAGCUUGCUGCUGAGAUGGAGGCAGCACUUGCAGCUCAUGCCGAUGCCCCUGGCCUCGCCUCUGGAACUGCUGGAGAAACGCCUAUGCCCAUGACGGCUCAGGCAGCAGUGCCGAUAACAAAAAUAGAACCCGGGGCCGAGAUGGAAGGCGAAGUUGACGGGUACCCUGAACCCGGCACGCCCAACACCAAACUCCAAACACCAGGCGAGACGUCUGGUGACGAGGACGAAGACGAUGAAAGUGAGGAAGGUUCCUCAGGCGACGAAGCAGAUCUAGACGAAGACGCGCUAGAGCAGCAGCGACAGCUAGAGCAACAGCGGGAGGAGAUUGCAGAGCUUGAGGCUUUGGUACAAACCGAGACGCUCAAAUGGGAGAGCAUGGCCAAUCCGAUAUUGAAAUCGAAGCUUGGCAAGCGGGUACAGAAUCUUAAGCAAGCGCUGGAGUUGAAGAAGGUUUCGUUUGGAGAAGGGGGUGAGGAUGGGUAGAUCCCAAAUAUCGUCGGGCAAAUUGCGCUGGUUAGUUUGUUACCUUGUUACGGAUUAUUGGCGUUUAUAGUACCUAUACUCAUAAUGAGGAUAUGGGGCGUUUGUUAGUGGGAAUGGCAUUUUUAUGGAGUUCUGUCUCGUUUUAUUCUUGCUCUUGUCUUUAUUUAUCUGAAGGGAUGGAGUUUCAGGGUCACCCGUUUGGUAACUACUCACUCCCCGGAGUGAGAAGCGAUUUAUUUUUUAUGCAGAUAUCAUUGGCUACGGUUGAGAAUAACUUAUCCUUGGAAUCCAGAGAGGGAUAUGAUCGUGAGCAGUCUAUCCUAGUAACGUCAAAUUCCUAUAUCUACUAUGUGCGCCGUAUGGGGGCCCCCGUUUCAUCGUUAGGUUGGCGUACUAUACAACCGCCCAGCCUUCCACAGGAAGUAAAAUUGCAUGCAAACAGUGUUUUUCGCCGCCAGCCCUUUGCAAGAAGGAAUCAAGCUCAAUAUAUAGCAGCUCUGUUUAUGGGCUGGCUGUUGGGAUAAAAUUGAACAUAGCCUGAUGGAAAUCCAGCACAAUAUAGGGGAGGAAAUGGGUUUGACUCUGAUAGAGCUCCUCAGUUUCUUUAUCCUACUCCAAUCACUAUGAGCAUGGUCUCCUGUAUUCACUUGAAUUGAAGGGUUAAGUCUUGACACUUCUGUAAAAUUCUGAAAAACAUAUAGUAUGUGUUAAGCUGUCUCAUUGUCCAGCCCCCCCCUUUUUUUUGUUGAAGCAAUUCACAGUGUUUGUCUGUCAACAUGCAACAAGAACAUGUUCUGUCUCAUUUUACCUUCACACUCAAGAUACAAAUUCUUUCAUCUCUUUGCUGCUUUAGUUCUUGGUAAACAGGCAUUUAUCUCAAUUGUCAUCAGUUCA